AUUCUGUGUCCGAUCAACUGGAUUCGGACGCGUUGCUGCGUCGCACUCUCAAGCUUCACAGACCAUUACCGCUUGCAUUCCCUUCCCUAAACUGAAAGCAUGGCAACUAUACAGAAGGGGAAGACCAUCACAUUACGUGGGUCUGCUCAAAUUGUCGUUGAAUUCUUCAACUAUGGUAUUAAUAGCAUUCUCUUUCAACGUGGGCUUUACCCUCCCGAAGACUUCCGAAUGGUUAAAAAGUAUGGAUUGAAUCUCCUUCUGACCUCCGAUGACGGCGUGCAAGCAUACCUCAAAGCCAUUUUAUCACAACUUGACAAAUGGAUCGUCGCCAAAAAAAUAAGUAGAUUGGUCAUGGUCAUCAGCUCCAAGGACACUCGAGAGGUGCUCGAGCGAUGGUCGUUCGAUAUACAAUUAGAACAAUCAGACGAUCGCAAGGAGAAUUUUUGCGAAACCAAGAAGAGUAAGACGGAGAAAGAGAUAAAUUCGCAGAUCGCUGCGGUCAUGAGACAGAUUACCGCCAGUGUAUCCUUCUUACCGAUGCUUGAAGAUCCUUGUACCUUUAAUAUACUCGCAUACACUGAUAAAGAUGCAGAAGUCCCUGCCGAGUGGAUUGAUUCUGACGCACGCCUAAUUACGAAGAACGCGGAGCAAGUGAAGUUGCGAAGUUUCUCGACAAGUGUCCAUAAAGUUGAUGCUUUAGUAGCGUACCGUCUCGGCGACGACUAGAUCUCUCCCCUCUAGAUUAGGCUGAUAAGGGUCCAAGUACAUUGUAUAUAACUCUGCUUUAAAGAUGCAUAUUUCAUAGCAAUUGUCAUUUGACAGAGGGCUAUACCGACGUGUCCAACCGGCCGCACGAUAA